GUGCAAUCAUCAUAUUUGUUCUUAAUGAAUCAAUCGUCGUCCUCCCCAUAAAAUCUUUUUUGACCAGCCGGGUAUAUAUGUGCGCGCGUUGCAACAGCUAGCUGUGGGUCAGCAGCAGUUUGAAGAGUAAAGCAAAGUACACCAAACACCACACCAAGGCUACACAGAUACUAAUAUAUAUAUAUAUAUUAUGUAUGAGCAUGCGUAUGUAUGUAUGUGCAGAGAGAGAGAGAGAGAGAGAGAAAGAGAGAGAGAGGGAGAGUCCGACAGCAGCUUCAUGUCCUUAAAAGCCAAGCCAAGCCAAGCCAAUUAGUGUGCAUCGUGUGAAUUCAUAGUUAUAUAACAAAACCCACCCAUCCAUUGCCUUUCUCCUUCAUUUAUUCAGAUAAAUAAACUAUUCUGCUGCCUGUAUAAGAGAACCCCAGACAGACAGACAUGCAUCAUUAAGAUACAUAUAUAUAUAUAUAUAUAAAUGCGAUGUGAUGUGAUAUGAUAUGAUGUUGUGCAGAUUAGCAUUGGCCUGCUUCCUUCUUCUGAUGCUCCUUACAGUUGCACACAGAUAUUGUCAUGACAGGGAUGACCAAGACAGAGGACACGAUGAGUAUGAACUUUCAGACUGGGAGAGCGAGCAUGGGAUCAAGGUCCUAGUGAAUGUUGAUGGAUUCGGUGCCGUCGGAGAUGGGGUGUCCGAUGAUACUCAGGCCUUCGUAAGUGCGUGGGAACUAGCUUGCUCCACGCCACAUUCUGUUUUCUUGGUUCCUGAAGCUCGUCGUUAUCUAGUCAAUGCCACAAAAUUCAAAGGUCCCUGUGCUGACGAGUUACUAAUCCAGAUUGAUGGAACCAUUGUGGCGCCAGAUGAUCCUAGUUUUUGGGAUUCUAAGAGCCGGCGAACUUGGUUAGUCUUCGAAAAUUUAAGAAAGGCCUCCUUCCAAGGGCGCGGGGUCAUUGACGGAUCAGGCCGCCAAUGGUGGGCAGCUUCCUGCAAAAGGAACAAAUCCAAUCCAUGCAGAGCUGCACCUUCGGCCUUGACUAUAGAAUCAAGCACGGGUAUCAGGGUGAGAGGGCUCACAAUUCAGAAUGGGCAGCAGAUGAACUUUGUGAUUGGUCGUUCCGAAUCUGUCCUCAUCAUUAAUGUGAAGGUUUCGGCUCCUGAGGACAGUCCCAAUACCGAUGGAAUUCACAUCACCGGAUCAACAAAUGUACUUGUUCAGAACUGCAAGAUUGGAACAGGUGACGAUUGCAUCUCAAUUGUCAAUGCCAGCUCAAAUAUCAAGAUGGAGAGCAUAUACUGUGGACCUGGCCACGGGAUCAGUAUAGGUAGUCUUGGAAAGGAUAAUAGCAUCGGAAUAGUCGAGAAGGUUGCACUGAAUAAUGCCUUUCUUCGAGGUACGACUAACGGCCUCAGGAUCAAGACCUGGCAGGGGGGCUCUGGUUACGUGAAGUCUGUCCUCUAUGACAAUGUGAGAAUGGACAAUGUCUCCAAUCCCAUCAUCAUCGACCAAUUCUACUGCGAUUCACCGAAAUCCUGUCAAAACCAGACAUCAGCUGUGGAAAUAAGCCAAAUCUACUACCGAAACAUAAGUGGGACUUCCAGAAGCAAAAUAGCCAUGAAGUUUUCAUGCAGUGAUACAGUACCUUGCACCCGCUUAUUUCUCAACACCGUUGACUUACGGAGGGGAGAAGAUUGCGCCGAGGAGGAGACCUACUGCAACUCAGCUUUCGGCUUCACUUCUGGUCACAUUCAUCCUUCAGCAGAAUGUUUGUCUUCUUUGGGUACGGGCAUGAGCAUGACUCCGUCCUUGCAAGGAAAAGAAGAACAAGGCCAAGGCCAAGGCCAGGAAUAUCUCAUCCAUACAGAACUAUAA